ACUUUCCUAUACAUACAAUAUACUACUAUACAAUAUACUAAUAUACUACUAUACCAAUAUACUAAUAUACUAAUAUACUAUAUCUGUAAUACCAUAUUUCAAAUAUACCCUAUUCUUCUCCCCCUACUCCACUUUCACAAAUGUCUUCCUUUGACACUGAAAACAAAAAUGACGAUAACCAAACCUCCUGGAGACUUCAAAAAGCCAAAGAACGUCAAAGAAUAAGACUCCAACAGCUCAAAGCAAAGCAAAGCAAAGACAAAGAGUCCUCCUCUUCUAACGACAACCUCAUCAACACACUCGACGAAACCCUUUUCAAUGCCAAUAACGAUUUAUUCAAUCCCACCUCUGAGACUGAUCCCAAUGAGCCAAUAAUCGAGUCCACCUACAUCAACCAAAACCCAGUGUCUAAAUUCAACUUGCUACUCAACCAGCAACAGAACAUCAACAUCAACAACCCCAACAACUCCUUCACUGGCUUCAACUCCUCAUAUAACAACUCCAGCAUGGACUUCAAUUCCUCCAAGCGCCAGAGCGAUCUAUCCACCUACUCUGCCCUCACCUCCAGCAGCAUCAACUCCAUCAACAGCAGUUCUAACGAACUCUCCUCCACAAGAUCCUCCCUCUAUUCCAACAGCUCUCUAAGCUCUGGCUCUGCGAAUUCAAACUCCCACUCCAAUCCCAAUCUCAAUUCAAACAUAAACACCAAUUCCAGCACAAGCACCAAUUUCCAAAAUUUAGUCAAUUUGAAUUCAAAAAGUAGAAAGAACUCCAUAAGGCCACUAAGUUUAGAUAACAUCCAGCACAGAGAUUUAAAUGAACCAAAUAUAGCCUACAAUUUCUAAUUCAUUUUAUUUCGUUUAUUAGCUCAUCUACUUCACUUUACUAAAGACUAAAAAUUCAUCUCAUGUUCACUUAAUGGCUUUAUCUAUCGUUACUUUUCUACUUUUUAUUUCUUUAUUUCUUUGUUUCUCUAUUUCUUUUGUUUUUAUAUCUUAUCUUAUCUUAUCCUAUCUUAUACUUUAUAUUAUCAUUUUUAUAAAUCUCGUUGUUUUCCUGUUUUUUUCUGUCUCUUUUUGUUCUCUCCUAUAACUUUGGUUGUCUUUUACUAUAAUGUUUUUUUUUAUUUACAAAAAAAAGAAGAAUGGUUACUGUUUUUAUUAAUUAGAUAUUGUAUUUUGUAUUUUUAUUAUCUAUAUAUCUAUAAUAAUGGGUUUUUUAUAUACGCUGUUAAUUAUUUCUAUUCUAUUCUAUUCGAUUCGAUUCCACUUCACUCCACUACUCUUAUUUUAUUUUAUUUUAUUUUAU